AGAAGAAGUAGAGGCGUUUCUUUAGCUCCAUGGUAACGGCGCACAGCGGUUUUUGAGUUUUAUACCAUAGCUAUUUUCUUACGUUUCCAAUGCGAUAUUUGGAUUAAUAUAGUUUGAAGUUACAUCCAAAACUUCAGCAAUGAUGAGCCGCACGCCUGAUGCAAGAGCGAGAGACACCCAGACCAAGCAGAUCCAGGAGAGCAUCACCAGUGUGGAGAAGCACUUUGGAAAUCUUUGUCAACUGUUUGCUGCUUAUGUCCGUAAAACUGCACGACUCCGUGACAAAGCUGAUCUGCUGGUCAAAGAAGUCAGUAUGUAUGCUGACACCGAGACACCCAACCUGAAAUGUGGAUUGAAGGAUUUUGCAGAUGAUCUGGCAAAGAUUCAGGACUAUCGCCAUGCAGAGGUGGAAAGGUUGGAGGUAAAAGUUGUAGAGCCUUUGAAAGCGUAUGGAAAUAUUGUCAAAACAAAACGGGAAGACCUGAAGUUGACGCAGACUGCCAGGAACAGAGAGGCCAAGCAAAUGCAGCAGCUUGAAAAGAUGAGACAGAGAAACCCAUCUGACAGACAAAUCAUUUCACAGGCCGAGAGUGAACUGCAAAGAGCCACGAUGGAUGCCACGCGCACGACCCGACAGCUGGAGGAGACAAUAGAUGACUUUGAAAAGCAGAAAAUUCAAGACAUCAAGAAAAUUUUGAGUGAAUUCGUGACUGUUGAGAUGGCCUUUCAUGCCAAGGCUUUGGAAACGUACACAACGGCUUACCAGCACAUUAAGAAUAUUGAUGAGGAAGGAGACCUUGAGGUUUUUAGGAAUUCACUGCACCCCCCUGAUUACCAGUCACGGUUAGAAAUAGUUCGUGCCAAUUCAAAAUUGUCUUUGAAUCAAACUGGUACGUCAAUGAGUAAAUCAGGUACAUUACAGUCCAGAACGUCUAGCAGGCACAGGAAACAGGAUGAGGAAGAAGAUGAAGAUGAUGAGGAUGAUGUAGAGGAAGUGACAGAUGAUGAGCAUUAAGAUGAAUUUUCAUUGCCAUUCUGUAAUCAUACAUGUGUGCGUUUUUAGACAAUGACAUUUGUGUACUGUUUUAAAUCAGAGAUGACAUGAUAACACUUCUUUGUAUGUAAAUGUAUGCUCAGUUAUGUUAAUUGCAGGUGGUUGCAUGGAUAUAUAUUUGCUUUGUUGUAAAUCACACAUUAUGAAAUCAUGCUGGACUGCGAAAUUUUGUUUUCAACAGUUUUAGAUUUGCGACAUAUGUGUUGCAAGUGCCAAGCAAGGUCAGUGAUCGAUAGGAUGGAUGCCUUAAAAAAUGCAGGUUUUAUUUAGCAUUGUUAUUUCAUGACUCAAAUCGUUUAGCGUCUGCAUUUGUUUACUGUUUGCAGUGUAGAUACCAAAAGAGUCACUGAGAGGCAUUUUAUGUGCAAAAACAAUAGAAAAUCCCUGGAACUUGAUCCACCCUACUAUGGCAUUAUUGUGUCUCAUAGCUUUUAUGUCAGUCAUGAAUGAGUCAGAAACACUAACCAGUAUUGCUGGUGUAAUUACGACUAGCUCUGACAAGAGCAGAAGUGUAGAAGAUAGAUCAUUAACAUUACAAGCUAUUAUAAUUAAUAUUUAUGUGUUGCGGUUUGACAUCUGGUGCCAUGUUGUCAAUGUAAUGAAACUGCAUACUUCGAAAAUUGGUUAUUUUACAUAAAGUUGCUUCGCCAUAUGGGAGCCGACAGACUAUGUGACAACCCAAACAUUACUCGCUUUUCUGUUACCGCCUUCUCUCAUACACUUUCUUUGACUAAAUUAUGUUGUGUGCCGAUUUGUCUUAUACUAUGCUUUAAAAGUAUAUACUUAAAAAUGUAUAUUAUACUAAAAAAACAGCAUUUUUAGAGUGCUUUGUUGAUAUGAACCCAGCAUUGCGUUAAAUUGUUGGGUCAAAUAUAAACAUUUUCUGGGUUAAUUUAACUGUGUUGGUCUCUUUUUGACCCAUUUCUGGGUUUAAAAUAAGCCAGCAUUUUUUGUGUACUGCUUUUGUUGCGGAAAAUAAUAUGCAUUUUAUUGUGUAGCAAAAUAGUAUGGACAUGCUAACAUGUACCGGAAGUGACCGUUGUUGCCUAGACAUACCCUUUGUAAAUAUGAGCAAAGAAAGCUGUUUAAAAAAUCAACAAUAUUAUCAUUUUGAGCUUUAAUUUUUUUUUUUAAAAUCAUUUAUGGGGGGAAAUCAUCACAUCAUAAAUUUUUCUCAAAUGGACGUUGGCCACAAUUAAGCUUAAUUUUAAGCUUUCUGACUAUUUCUUAAAGCCACUUUCUACUUUGUGCUACUCAACAAUCUUUUGCUGAACAUCCGAUUUAUAGUCUUUGGGUGUACCCAUUGUAAUGAAUGAAUAGGGGGAUUUGGGCUUUGUGUUACUGAAUAUUUAUUCCCCUGUGAAACAGGAAGUCAUGACUCAUGACUGGACAACAUCAUGUUUCUAAUCAACAAAAAUGUUUAAUAUCGGAGGGAAUAUACUAUACACUUUAAAAACAAACGGUGCUAAACAGCACUAAAAGUGGUUCACUGGCUCGUAAUCAUAAGGGAACCAUUUUAAGUGCCAUAUAGCACUCAUGUAUUACUUAUGUAUAACCAUAUUGUGCUAUAUAGAACCAUAUCUGGUGCUAUAGUGGUGCUAUAUCACCCCCGUAUGGUUCUUCAUAGGUGCUUUAUAGGGUGGCAAUAAUUGUGUCCAGUGUGUAUUAGAGAAAAACAUUUAUUUAAAGGUGCAAUGUGUAAAUUUUAGCGGCAUCUAGUGGUGAGGUUGUGAAUUGCAACCAACGGCUCAGUCCACUAAUCAUUCCUCGCUUUUGAAACACAUAGAGAAUCUACAGUAGCCGCCACUGGAAAAACAUGUUAUCGUCGGAGACAACUUAGUAAAAAAAAGUUUGUCUGUUAAGGGCUUCUGAAGAAACAUAGCGGCCCAAAAUGGCAACUUCAAUGUAAGGGGACCCUCUGUGUAUGUAGAUAAAAACGCCUCAUUCUAAGGUAAUAAACACAUAACAGUUUAUUAUUAAAGGUCUUUAUACACCCCUGAUAAUAUAGUUUUGUAUAUUAUUUUGCAUUUCUGUCAAGAGAUCCUUCUAAAAUUACACACUGCACCUUUAAUAAUGUAAUUUUCCAUCCCCGAGUUCAAUAGUUUUACUUCAAUAAAACAUAUUUUUGUAUUUUUUUUUUUUUUGCAUUUAAAGCUCAAAAUGAGAAACAUAGAUUUAUUUUCACAGCUUUCUUUGCUCAUAUUUACCAAGGGUGCAAAUAUUUUUGUCCACAACUGUACAUUGUGAUCUUUAGCAAUAAAGUAUGAUUUAAUGUA